AAGCAAUCCUUAGUGAGGCCGUUCACGCAAAAGCCCAGCUGGGCCACUUGCACUGUGCCAGGCCCAGUACAGUAUACAUAUAUACAAGGGGGCUGUUGGAUUUUUAUGGGAAAUGGCCAAACGGCUGUCAUGGAUAGAAGGAGAAAGAAAUAGAGAAAGGAAGUGAAAUAAAAAGAGAGAAGAAAUAAGAGAGAAGGGACGCGGCAAAAGGGCGACAGAUGUCCUGGUGCAUGACGCAUGGGGCAUUUUGCCCUCCCAGAGAUAGUAGCCCUAGUACUGGCUGUGUGGGCAUACGAGCUGGCAGGAUCGAAACAAGGUUAUCGGACAGUUAGCAGUAAAUGUGGCCUUACAAUAAAAAUCGACUACAUUAAUGGUGCAUUCGUGUUCGACAUCAAGUAUGGAUUUUAUCAGAGAAUUUAUUUAACGCCCUCUACAAGGAUGAUCUUCCAUAUAUUAAUUGAAUAAUCCGUGUACCUGUUAUCGGUUGGCAGUAUUCAUUAAGUAGUGUCAACGACUAUUUCUUUCUUUUAAAUGUGACUCAUUUACGUAUGGGUGAUAAUAUUUAAAUGUGAUUUAAUCUUAUUUCUAAUCCUUAUCUAUACGUCGUUACGUGGGAACUGCCAUAUUAUUUAUUAUAACCACACAAGAAUUUCUAUUGGGCUGGAAAACGUGAUGACACCUCAUUCCGCUACGACUCAAGCAUUAAAGCUCGCUCGUCCAUAUAUAUACAUAUACUAGAUGUAUACAAAGAUAGCCGAGUAGGAAGAUCAAUUAAGAUCGAAAGAUUCGUUACUGAGGAUACUUUGAGACGCGAUGUACGACAUCUCCAAGAGUCAACGUAGAACAUACCGGGAUCAGGAUCCACCACGGAUUCGUGAUAGGAGCACUGAGAAUCUUUUGAAGGAGGAUUUUGUGAGCUCCAAGUCAACGCCAAAUUCUCCUACCGCUCUACAGAGGGCUUCAAGCCUGGAGAAGUGCUUCAGCGACCCGGACUUCUUCAAGAAGCAGAACCAGCUGAAAAGAGACGAGUCGUCGUGCCAGGCAGAAGUAGCGACUGGUCCCAGCAGCAGGGAGGACUCGACCAGUUCUAGCUGGGAGAAUAACGCGAGCAGUGAACUCUCUGGUGAAAACGCUUGUGUCAGCAAGAACAGUGAGGUCGUCUCGAAGGAGUUCCUCGGAAAAGUGUCUUCGUCGAGCAGAAUCCCGAGGGAGGUGGUCACUAACGGCGUGAAGAACGACUUGGACAGCUGCAACGGUUUGUCAAACGGAAAGGAGAUGGCCCCUGUUCUGGGAGGUCCGCCACCACCGCCACCAGCUCCUCACAUGGGGCCAGAUGGUUUGAUACUACCUAGAAAACCGUACAAUCCUUAUAUGGUAUCUGGGAAGCACAAAGAUCUCCAUAGGGAGUUACUCUUCAAUCAGAAAGUGGGAAAGAACGUACUGAAUCAGAAGAGCGAGCUGCAGCGCGCCCUGGACAGGCACCGGGAGGCGGUUUCGAGGAAAGAGGCUGAGAAACACCGGGAAGAGUAUUAUAAGAACGAUCCAAGAACGGCGUUACAGAGAGCGAUAGAGCAAAGAGCAAAGCAUAUUCAGCUAACGGAAGAAUCGCAGCAUACGGAAGCGCCAAAUCCUCUGGUUACGGCCAGAGCGAAAUUAAGGACUCGCGUGGAUUCUCAGUAAAGGAUGAAAGCCUUGACAAAGAAAAUUUUAUAUCCUUGUAUCUGAAUGAUGAUGACGAUGAUGAUAAGGGAGAAAAAACAGUAACUAUCCAAUCGCGAGGUUGUCGAUGAUUGUUGAUUGAUGCUUUCAUGUUCUCAUGUUUUUACCUCUAAUGAUCCAGGACUCUGUGUAUAUAAAUAUAAGACUAUAGACCUGCGUGAUUAUUAUUAAGGCACCACCUUUUUCUCUGGAGGAACUCGAUGAAGAAUUUGAGUCAUUUUAUUUUUAUUUUUUCUCCUUGUCGAUGUUUGGCUAUCAUCAUUCGCUAAUUUUCACUGCUUAGAGAUUCCAGAUUUUUUAUCAAUAGAUUAGGAUAUUCAUGUCGGCCAUUUCGUUGGAUUGAACUCAAAAUAUAUUUCUCUCUCUUUCAUCGAUUGGUAUUUUGUCCAGUUAAUGAUUAGCCGUGCCUGUGAUUAGGCAGAUGUAACGAGUGAUGCAAAGCGCGUUCGAGCUAUUUUUUUAAAAUAAGAAUUCACAAUCACACAAUCGUCAGUGCCCUAUUUAACUAUAUUUGUGAAAUCCGGGACCACGUGAAAUGUACCUAAAUAUUUGUCAUUGAGAUUAACAGUUCUAGAAGUGAAAAUGUCCGCCUUCGUUAUUAUGUGAACUCUUCCAUUGUCAGAAUCAUGUUUGUACUAUAUUAAUUUAAUAAUAUGCUAGCUUUAAAUACCUAAUGUUAUUGCACCCUAACCCUGUAAUUAGUGGAUUCAUAAAUUUCUGCAUAUGGAAAGCUUUAAAAAAAAGCUGCAUAUAUAAUGAAAAUAAAGAUCUUAUGAAAUCCUUA